AAUGACCCGAUAAUGAGAGCUGAGUUUUAUUUCAACGGUAAAGGGAAAAGUUAACCAACAUUUGGUUGUUUGCCUCUUUGCUAGCCAACAGAUCACAGCUUUCAUUUGUCUUGUCUUUCUAUUUUUCUUCUUAUAGUUCAUCAUCUUUUGUUUUCUUAAAAGAUUCUUGUGCUCAAAACUGCAAUACAGAAAAAGGCUUUGGUUUUGGUGUGCCAGCUGCUACUUUCUGCUCAAGGUUAGUCAAUCUCGAGUUGUUUCGACAGAUAAACAAAAUGGCUUUGAAGAAAAACGGGUUCAUUCCAAGUUCUGCACCUGAAGAACUGAAGAAGGUUUUGGUAGCAGUGGCGUCGGUUUGGGGAGAUACGAUAGAAGAUAUGGAAGAAUUUCAUGUAUUUCCACUCAAGGGAGCUAUGACUAACGAGGUUUUUCAGAUAAACUGGCCUACAAAUCAUGGUGAUCUGCAUCAGAAAGUGUUGGUCCGGGUUUAUGGCAAAGGAGUGGAAGUGUUUUUCAAUAGGGAUGAUGAGAUUAGGACUUUUGAGUGCAUGUCCGAGCUAGGUCAAGGACCUAGGCUUCUUGGGCGGUUUUCAGAUGGAAGGAUUGAGGAGUUCAUUCAUGCCAGGACACUCUCUGUUGCUGACCUCCGUGACCCUGAAAUAUCAUCUCUUAUAGCAGCAAAAUUGAGAGAGUUCAACAAUCUUGACAUGCCUGGUCCGAAGAAUGUACUUCUCUGGGAGCGAUUGAGAACUUGGCUUAGUCAAGCCAAAAGAUUCUGUUCCCCAAGCACAGCUAAAGAAUUUGGCUUGGAUGGUCUCGAAGAAGAAAUCAGCAUCCUUGAGAAAGAGUUAACACAGGGCUAUCAAGAGAUUGGGUUUUGUCACAAUGAUUUGCAAUAUGGUAACAUAAUGAUGGACGAAGAGACAAGAGUAAUUACCUUAAUCGACUAUGAGUAUGCAAGUUACAAUCCAGUUGCUUAUGACCUUGCAAAUCACUUCUGUGAGAUGGCCGCAAAUUAUCAUUCUGAGACACCCCAUAUUUUGGACUACAGCAUUUACCCUGAUCUGGAGGAGCGCCAAAGAUUCAUCUCUGCGUAUCUGGCAUCUUCGGGAAAUGAAUACAGUGAUGCCGAAGUGGAGCAGCUACUUAGUGAUGCCGAGAAAUACACUCUUGCUAAUCAUCUAUUUUGGGGCUUAUGGGGAAUCAUCUCAGGUCAUGUAAACAAGAUAGACUUCAACUACCUGGAGUAUGCACGGCAGAGGUUUCAGCAGUACUGGUUAACAAAGCCCUUGCUCUUGAGUUCCUGACUUUUUGAGGCAUUGUAGCCUUCAAGUGCAGCUAUAGGUUUAUAUAGGUUGUAUAGUAUAAACCUAGCCUGGUGGUGGUGGCCUAUUGCUCAGACUCGGAUCAGGUCUAUCAGAUAUGAGUAUGCUAAAUUUGUUCUAAAGCUUUUUCAUGUACUUAGAGGGUCUUUGCUUAAAGGAUCAUAUGUUCGUACUCAUGUCUGAAUGUGUUGGUCACAAGUGCCAAAUGUUUGGGUACUCUGAAUAACAUAGCCUAAUAGAAUACGGUAUUGUAAAUACAUAAAGCAUUAAGGAUGGUUUAGGAUUUUUGCAUCUGUGUGAGAAACAUACAAGUCUAAGGGUUUGCUUGUUACAUAAUAUUUAGAACAUUUCAAUUUGCAUAGUAAAA